AUGAAUUUUUUUUUGCAAUUUAUCAAAAAUAAUCUAAAUUUUUCUAUAACAGCAAUAACGAACACCGCCUGAAAUGGACGUAUGAAACGAACUGCCCAGAAAGCAAGAUCUGUCAAUUGUCCACUGACUCCACUUUCUUUAUAUAUAUAUAUAUAGUAUCGAUGCCAUACAUAUUAUUUACGAAUACAGCAGGCACUAGACAAGAUUCAAACGCAUUGUCUGUCCACCCUUCUCUCUCUUCUGUCGAACAAUAGUGAAAGCCCAGACCCAGACCCAGACCCAGAUCAAGAUCAAUUAUCAUCUUCUUCUUCACAGAGCCGUUUUGGAUGGUUGGGUCUCUCCGUGCUUUCAUGCUUUCUCUCUCUUCAUCUUCUUCUGCGCACACGCAACCCGCGCAGCAGCACUUCUCUCUCUCUACGCAUUCCAUUCCGUUGCUCUCUAUACUUCUUCAAUUCUUUUCUUCUUCCUUCGGUUCUUGCAAAGAGGCCUGGUACUACCGCUGCCUUGGCCUCGAUCCCUAGGCCUCCCUUUCUCUCUCUCUCUCUCUAAAUUUCCGAUCCCUCUUUGUUUCUUCUGAUUCACCCUUUUGUUGUUGAACUUUUUUUUUUCAAUUGGGUAUUAUAGAAGAGUCCAAAAAAGAAUUAUAAAAUCGAAAUGAAGGGAAGUGUUUCUGAGAAGAUGUUGUCACAGAAGCUAAAGAAGAAGAGUAAUGAGAACCAGAAUGUGAAGAAGAAUCGAUUCUUGAUUACUGUGAAUGUUCUGGGAAGCGCAGGACCAAUAAGGUUCGUGGUGAAUGAGGGAGACAAUGUUUCAGGGGUUAUUGAUACAGCUUUGAAAUUGUAUGCUCGCGAAGGUCGCCUUCCGGUGCUUGGCUCCGACGUCAACAAUUUCCUCCUUUAUCCUGCCAAUGCUGGAAUCGAUGCUCUGAAGCCGGCUGAACUGAUAGGGUCGUCUGGGGCAAGGAACUUUGUGAUGUGCAAGAAGCAGAGCCAUCCACAGAUGACAGAAGCAAGGUCGGAUAUGAUUGCUCGAAAGGGUGGCGGUAGUUGGAGGGCAUGGUUUAGUUUCAAGAUAUUAUCUCACUGAGUCAUCUUUGUUCUUUGGAAGAUGUCAUUCUAAGAGGUUAGCUUUUCUUCUGGCCCGCGAAUAACUAUGAUCAUGUGUGCUCCCAAAUUAAUGUUAUUGUGGUUGUAUUUAAAUUUUCAUGCUUACGUUGUGUGAAACAUGAAACAAUGAACAAACAUUUUACGUAAAUAAAUAAUUGCCUUAGUAGUGUAUAAUAUAUUGUGGUGUUCAACACUUCAACUUGAUUGGCAUAUACUAUUGUUGUUAGUUUUAGUUUCUUGACUUGCUUUUCAGUCUUCUUGGUCUUUUUUUGGAAAAGUGAUUAUUGAAAUUAUGAGGACCAAUCCAGAGCAUAUUCGAGGAUAUGAUAUCCGAUAAUUACUUGAGGAAGGUGGGAGAUUAAAGAGGUGCCUGCUUUUGCUUUUGUUUGAAGAAUAGAGAUGCGACUUUUGAAAGCAAAGGCUCAUGUUUAAACUUUGAAAAGGUGUAUUAGGGCAUGUUAGAUUCUUUAAUAAGGGAAUUGAAUAAUAUUACGCACUUACUUGAAUAGUCAUAUGGAUGGGAUAGAGGCUUGAUGGUCCUGCUAGUGCAGGAUCAUAUUGUUUAAAAAUUGUACAAGUUAGGAGUAAUACUAGACAAACAGAAUUCCGGUACAGACUCCCAAAAAGGACUAUCAUAGACUCAUUUAGUUUCAAAUGGCAUUCCCAUUUCAUUUUUGUAUAAGAAUUCUGUAUGAAACUUCUUUUGUAUUCCCAUGUAGUUAUCUAGAGCAUCUUUUUAUUUUUGUCAUUUCUGACUGUUUUAGUAACCCAAUAGUAGCGGUUGGAGAAACCGGGCGUUUGAUGAUUUUUUUUUUUUUUUUUUUUUUCAUU